AGCCGCCUGCCGAUUGGUCGGCCGGUUGGCGCUCCCGCGCGUGCGCCGUGCCCGCCCGCCGAUUGGCCGGCCGCCGGUUGUCAGGGCGCCGGGCGGAUGGUGAGCGCGGCCGAUGGCGGCGGCGGCUCCCCGUUCACCUUCGGCUCCGGGGCCGUCUUCCUGCCGAGGGACGACCGCUUCUUCGAGGAUGGUGAUAUUCAUCGACAUUUGUAUCUGCGAAAUGCCACAUCUAGUGUGGGAGAAGUGGAAAGACCCAAGGUCUCUGAAUUUUGCUGCCACAUAACAGGAUGCAGCCAACUGUUUGAUACCCUAGAAAACUAUGAACACCAUUAUAACACCUUCCACCGCAAUGUCUGCAGCUCCUGCAAGCGCUCUUUUCCAUCCAGUCACCUGCUUGAUAUUCACAUCUUGGAAUGGCAUGAUUCACUUUUCCAGAUUUUGGCAGCAAAGCAGAACAUGUAUCUGUGUUUGAUAGAGAGUUGUACAGAAAAAUUCAAGACCUCCAGUGACCGCAAAAAGCAUUUGAUCAAAGUUCAUGGUUAUCCAUCUGACUUUAGAUUUGACAAACCAAGGAAACUUAAACGCAAUGUAAAGAAUCGGGACGGGAACCCUCAUGAUAUGGAAGUGGAAGCAACCGUAUGUCAAAAAGAAACAAAUGACAUUUUUAGCGGAGCAACCGUAGAGUCAAUGGACCAGGAGCCAGGAGAAACAAUGGAGGCUGAGAGUUUGGCUGGACCAGGGAGAUCCAGUACUGCUGCGGGGCUCCAGCGACCUUCCGUCUCCUGCAGGGUGCCAGCAACAAUCUGUUUUGGUCAUGGAUCAAUCCGUGGCUUUAAGAACCCAAAGAGAAAGAAGCGAUGCAUGUUGUGAAUCGAGUAGUCACAAAACGUAACAAAGACAUCAGAAUGUGAAUUUGGAAGAACCUGUCGCAUUUACAACAGUCAAAUGGGUUAAUUUUGGCCUCCAGGAGACUUUCUGAUGCAAUUAUCAGCCAAUGAAUCACAGCAGUACUUUUAAAAGGAAAAAGACCAAUACUGUUUAGAAAAUCUACAAUUUUAAAUGUCACCGGUAAAAUAAAAUUGCAUUUGGUGUACUUCCAUCAGAGACCUUUCAUUUCCAAGAAAAUUUUACUGAAUUCUGGAUAGGAUGGCAUGAGUGGGUGUUUACAUUCUUUCAUAUUGCUGUGGAAACUAAUUUUAGCUCAUUAAUAAGAUCUAAUUUAUUUGCCAAUAUUAUUGGAAUGAUUCCCAGGAUGGUUGAAGUGCACAAGCCAGCCAGAGUUGUGUAAUUUACUCGAACACAAUGCACAAUGGAAAAAUUGAUGUCAUUCUCCAACAUAGAUGCUGACAAAAUAACUAAUUCUGCAUCUGAUUGUGGAGAAGGACAAAGCAUGGCUGAGUGGUAGAGUAUUUUGUGAGUGAACAUUGGAAAUGCAGCACUUUAUGUUGAUAAUAUUUUGCAAUAAUGCUGCACUCUGUAAGGCUUUCUCUGCAUCAACAUUGUCUUGUGGGCGCAACUGCUCCGGUGCUUAUUUGAUAUUUAGUAUAAGUAUGGGUUAGUUUUUACUUCACUCUGACUCUAGAACCUCCAUGUCCCGGACAGAAAGUAAGUGCCUUUGGGAAAGCUGAGGGGGUCACAAAUUACCACAGCUCCUCUUGAACAAUUUUAUAUUAAAACUGAUUAAAAAAUGAAGCAAGCAUUCAUCUAUAGUAAUGGCAAAAUGGAAAUAACCUCAAGAGAAUGGAAGAGUUUGCCACAUAACAAGAGGUUGGCACUCCAAGAUCAGAUUAAAACGUAAAAGUCAUUCCAUGAAAUGUAAUUUUUCACUGUGUGUUCUCUUUCCAAUUCCUGCAAGAGUGUUUUUUAAUGUGUUGUCAUCCUUUUACAAUGACCCUGACACAAAAUAAAAUGAAAGACAAUGGCUUUGUGACAGAAUAUGCACUGAAAAAGUUGUCCAGUCGAUUGCUCUGACCAACCUCAAUGAACAUCGUGGUACUUUCUCCAAACUAAGUAAAAGCAGUGAAACCUCAACUCCCAGUUAAAGUAAUCAGUUAGUGAAAGAAAAUAGUGAGUGGCUACUGAUGACUGAACACUUCAGCCCUUUUACUUUCUACCUCCUGGUAGAUGUGAGUUUUAUAGUAUAAGCAGCAUCAAGUGAUUUAACUGUAUUCAGUCUUGCUCCCUUUAUCCCAAACACGGGUUUCAUGCUAGUGCUAAUAAUGUAGCUGAAAAUAAUGGAUUGUUAGAACGAUCACAAGACAAUUGGAAUUUGGCUUGCCAAACCAACAAAAUAAGGUUUAAGCUGUUUAUAAUUAUCAUCUGAUCUGAAGUCAUGCUGAGGCUUGAGCUAAAUUUACAGCCUAUGGGUGCGAGUUAGUUGAGACUUUAUUUUUGCCCAUGAUGCAGGACCAACCAACAUCACAAACACCCGAUUAUUUGUGUCCUGAUGCAAAAGGGAGAACUGUGUUUCAUGACACCAACCUCGUAAAAACAGUCUGCAGCUGAUACUGGGAAACUGUCCAGCAUGUUGUGUAUAACA